CCAGAGGACAUGCUAAACUCCGACAAGCAUCUAUGAUCCGGGCCUUCCGGACAAUUUCUCCACCAACACAAAGAUUUGAAGGUUUGCUGCUCUCCCAUAGGCACGCGAUCGACUGUUCUGCACGCCCAACAUGCACUAUAUUCCUCUACUAGUGCAUUACGGGGAUACGUCGUUCACAACCACCCUACAUAAACAAUGAGUGCCCCAUAGUCAUCCGAAUAUUCUUUUCAUCCUCACCACCUCCCGCUCUCCACACCAUGAUCUCCCCCGCCCGCCUCCUCCCUCUUGUUGGGAGUCUACUCUCACUCGUCUCUGGGCUGCCUACCACCAGCCCAACUUCCGUGGUUCGCCCUCCUAGCGAAGACCCUUUCUAUAGCGCUCCCCAUGGCUACGAGACUACACCACCAGGGACUAUCCUUCGUCUACGUCCCGCGCCGGGUAAUCUCACAGCGCUGGUCGGCAAUGCUUCUGUAGUCUAUAACAUUGUAUACCGCACCACGGACAGCCAGUAUCACCCCUCCUGGGCUGUGACCACCCUCUUCAUCCCCUCCAAGCCUCACCAUGGCAACAUGUCCUCCCUGCUGUCCUACCAAAUAGCAUAUGAUUCUCAUGACAUCAACGCCAGCCCAAGCUACGCCAUGUACUCCUCUCCUCCCAUAGACAUCUCCCUCGCGCUGAGUCAGGGUUGGCACGUCAAUGUCCCCGACUAUGAAGGCCCUCUCGCCUCCUUCACAGCAGGUGUGCAAUCUGGCCACAGCACCCUUGACUCCAUCCGGAGCAUCCUAUACUCCAACGUCACCGCCUUCAACAUCAAAGCUUCAUCUUCCCGCACAGCAUUAUGGGGCUACUCUGGCGGUGCACUCGCCAGCGAAUGGGCCACUGAGUUACAGGGCCAAUACGCCCCCGAACUCAGGCUCGCGGGUGCCGCCCUCGGCGGUCUCACCCCCAAUAUCACAAACGUCAUGGACAGCGUGACCGGCACGCUCAGCGCAGGGCUCAUCCCCGAAGCGGUCCUAGGCCUGGCGAGCCAAUAUCCAGCCACGUACAAGUUCCUGGUUAGCCAAUUAAACCCACAGGGAAACUACAAUCGCUCUGCCUUCCUCUCGGCACAAAACAUGACUCUCUCCCAAGCGGAGGUCUUUUUCGCCGGCCAAGAUGUGUACAAAUACUUUGUCAACGGCAGCGAUACCUUCAAGGCUCCUGUUGUGCAGCACGCUCUGAAUAGGGACGGGUACAUGGGGUAUCAUGGUGUGCCUCAGCUCCCGAUCUAUGCGUAUAAGGCUAUUCAUGAUCAGGUUAGUCCGGUCGGUGAUACGGAUGCGUUGUUAAAGAGGUAUUGUGGUGUCGGGGUGAAUAUUCUGUAUGAGCGGAAUACUGUCGGCGGGCAUUCGGCGGAGAGUAUUAAUGGGCAUGCUAGGUCGUUGCAGUUUGUUGCUUCUGUCUUGGAUGGGUCGUAUGCUCGUCUGUAUCCGACGAAGGGAUGUACGUUUAGGGAUGUUACCCUUAACGUCACUGACUCGGCUCUGUAAAACGUUGCCGCGUUGGGUGAUAGAG